AUGGGACACGGUAUCUUCACUCUGUUCGGUAUCAUCUACCCGAUCAAUUUCUUCCUCGCCGUUACCACAGUUAAAUCGGCAGUUUCAAGCGACCUCGUCGACAUCAUUCGCUACGCAUUACCUCAACAUACUCAUUGGAUCGAUGAUUCUGACUUAGCCGUCGGUUGUGUUGGAUUAUCACUCUUGAUGGCAUAUGCUCUCGUGAGUGUAGCUAGUGGGAUACAGGCUAUGCGUCCUGAGGGUUAUGAUAAUCACUAUGGACGUUUCCAAAUGUCACGUGCUAAACCUGGUCUAGGGUUGAGGAUGUACGCCUCACACUACAAUGCACUCGAGUGCUUCACAAUGUUCUCUAUUGCAGUGAUUUUGGGGAAUCUACGUGGGAUGGACGCACACCUCUUAGCCAACUUGUCGCUAGUGGUGAUCCUGGCUCGUAAGAAUUAUCAUAUUUUCCACAUUCUCGAUUUUGCCAUCUUGCGAAGCAUUGCUUUCGAUACGGCUUUUAUGGCGAUACUGACUAUCAUGAUGGAGGCCGCACUCCCCGGGAAUUCUGUGGUGAAGUUCAUGACAUCUGAAAGCUGGACCCUGCCCAGUUUAUAUAACAUCUCGUAA